GCCAUGACGAAGCGCAGGCCCCUCCUCCUCUUCCUCGUCCUCCUCCCUCUUUCUGUCCUUGCGGAGAACGGCGCCGGCGGAGAUUCAUGCUCCCCCGACGAUGGCUGCCGUGACAAACACGGAGCCCUGAAGCUCAAGAUCGCGGCGCUCGUGUCCAUCCUCGUCUGCAGCUCCAUAGGCGUGCUGCUCCCGCUCGCCGGCAAGUUUGUCCCCGCCUUACGCCCCGAGAGGGACGCCUUCUUCGCUGUGAAGUCGUUUGCUGCGGGCGUGAUCCUCGCCACUGGCUUCAUCCACGUGCUUCCGGACGCCUUCGAGAGCCUCAGCUCGUCCUGUCUGAGCGAGCAACCGUGGCAAGACUUCCCCUUCACGGGCUUCAUCGCCAUGGUGUCCGCAAUGGGAACGCUCAUGAUAGACGCCUUCGCCACGGGGUAUUACAACAGCUUGGAGCGCAGCAAGGCGGCGCCGGUGGAAGAGGGCGACGAGGAGGCCCGCAGCUCCGGCGUGCUCAGUAAGCACGUCCACGCUCACGGGACCCACGGCCAUGCGGAGCAAGAUUGCUCAGCCGGCGUCCCAGCUCUUGCCAAGUCCGACGACCUCAUCCGCCAUCGAGUCAUCUCCCAGGUGUUGGAGUUGGGGAUUGUGGUUCACUCUGUGAUCAUCGGCAUCUCCUUGGGCGCAUCGGAGAGCCCAUGCACCAUCAAGCCUCUGGUGGCUGCCCUCAGCUUCCAUCAGUUCUUUGAGGGCAUGGGCCUCGGCGGCUGCAUCGUUCAGGCCAAGUUCAAGAGCAAGGCCACAGCCAUAAUGGCUCUCUUCUUCUCACUCACAACUCCAGUGGGGAUAGCCAUUGGGAUUGGGAUAUCAUCCACCUACAACGAGAACAGCCCAACAGCUUUGAUAGUGGAAGGAGUGUUCAACUCUGCAUCCUCAGGCAUCCUCAUAUACAUGGCGCUUGUGGACCUUCUUGCUGCUGAUUUCAUGGCCCCCAGGAUGCUGAACAGUGGGAAGCUUCAAGUUUUGGCUAAUGUCUCACUCCUUCUUGGGGCAGGACUCAUGUCCCUCUUAGCAAAGUGGGCUUAA